AUGAAAAUGGUGUCGGGUGUUAUUGUUGUUGCAACCAUGGUGGCAGUGAUGGUGGUUAUGGUGGUGGCAGAGGAGGCAAAUUGUGAUGUGAACUUGCUACAAGGUGCAUGUGAAAUGCAACUAAAAGGAGGAGGAAUGCCAUCGGAAAAAUGUUGUGGUAUCUUAACAGAACAGUUACCAUGCAUAUGUGGUUACCCAGAAAGACAUGAUUGGCCCGGUAUCACCAAAACAUGUGGUUUCUGUGAUGUCCCAUUUCCACCUUGUCCUUGA